AUGGAGUCGUCAUCUAUUGUAAGCUUUAAUAAUGAUUCAACUUAUCAGACCACCGUGAAAGGCGACUAUAAUAACAUCAGUGUUCACGAACUAGCCCUUCAUGCGAUGCGAGACAGGUGCUUACUUCUCCAAAGAAGAAUAAAUUCAUUGGAAAGUGACAAUAUAAAACUGAAACUUGAUAUAACUAAACUCACUGAAAAUGCAUCAUAUACACCACUUAGAGAUGAGGAGAAGUGUGCAUUACAAGAAAAAAUUGCUGAAUUAAACAAACAAAAAUCGCAACUAUUACAUCAUGUAUUCAUGGUUUCUUGUGAAAAUAAAAACCUGUGGACUAAAAUUGCUACAUUGAAAGGACCAGAAAAAAAAGAAUACACAAAGCAACCAUUAGUUCGUACUAAUACAUAUAUUCAAAGCAAUCCUAAAACUGCACAAUUUCAAGAAAAAUUUCCAGAACCAAGUUUAGAAGAAAUUUCAUUAAAGUUAAUCAAUAGCUUCCUCCAAGAGAAGUCUCAAUUGGUUGAUCAGUAUGAACAAAUGACACAACUUCAAGGAAUGGAAGAUGACUGUAUUCUGAAUCUUGAUUCUAUAGGAUUUCAUUACAUGGAAGAUCCAUCAACAGAUUCUUUAAAAGAGAUUCAGACACAAGCUGAAAAGUUUCAAUCAUUAAAAAAAGAGGUUGCACAGCAAGAAAAGGACUUAAAAAGUGUGAUAGCUAGAUUAGAAAGUUUAUUGAGUGAUGGCUAUAUGUGUCUAACAUGUAAAACAAACAAAGGGAAGCCUAUUGAAAUGGAAGACAAGGAAACUGAAGUCAUCAAUAAUUUAGUUAAUUUUGCAACACAAACUGAUUCCAUAUUAUUUGAUUUUUCGGACUUUAAUAGUACAUUGGAUAAAGGAUGUUCAGAAAGCAACGAAAAUAAACAAGAAACUUAUGAUAAAAUUUGUCCAAUGUGUGGUGAAACUUAUAAAGAAGAUGUAGGCUUUGCAGACUUCCAGUCACAUGUAGAGAGUCACUUUAUUGGUGUUACAGAGACUGAUUCAUUAGAAAAUUUAGACAUUCAUAACUCAUUUGAAAAUGUUAUUUAA